AUGUCUCGAAAUAUCUGCAUCACGGCCGUCGAAGGCCAAUCGGGUUUCCUUAUAGCCGAGCUUCUCUUGAAGGAGGGCAAAUUCUCCCGGCAGAUCAGCAGUCUCACUGGAUUAGCUUUGGACCCGUCCUCUGCGCGAGCUCAGGAACUCACCGAACUCGGUGGAAAAGUUGUUCAUCAUCAACCAGGCCGUGAACGCCUUAUGGUGAAGGCACUCAAGGAGAUCGGAUGCGAUACCAUAUGCCUAGUUCCUCCGGCUCAUCGCGACAAGUUUGACAUAACGAUGGAGCUUGCAAAUGCUGCCAAGAAAGCAGGUGUAUCCAAUGUUCUUCUCAUUAGUUCUGCCGGCUGUGAUUAUGCAGACCGCGAGAAACAGCCACGAUUGAGAGAGUUUAUCGACAUAGAAAGUGCGGUUCUUGCGUCUAAAGGGGAAUCUGAAACCCCCCUUGGCCAUUCACCUUGCGUUAUUCGUGCCGGAUUUUACGCAGAGAAUUUGCUGCUCUACUCGGAGCAGGCUAAGGCUGACGGUGUGCUCCCACUGCCGAUUGGAGAGAGUCAUAAAUUUGCUCCUGUAGCGUUAGGCGAUGUUGCACAUGUGGCUGCCCAUGUCCUAGCUGGCAAAGGCAAGCAUGGGUUUGAUGAUAAGCAUCGAGGCCAAAUGAUGAUUGUUACAGGACCUCUGCUAUGUGCUGGGAAAGAGUUAGCCGAAGCAGCUAGCAAAGCACUGGGUGCGCAUAUUGAAUUCGAGAACAUAUCUGAAAACGAAGCCAAGAGAGUGCUCGCCUCUCAAAGCGAAAGCGAUGAAUCAGAAAAAGAAUACAUCUUGGAAUAUUACAGCCUGGUUCGCGAGGGGAAGACGAAUUAUAUCGCCACAACUGCCUUCCAUGAUGUUACAGGAACCCAUCCCACGGAGCCAAAUGAGUUUUUUAAAUCUUAUUCAACUGAAUUUCGGCCCCGAAAAAAAGCGAAGCAUUAA